AUGGCUGCAGCGUAUCCUUACACUGGUCAUAUAAUAGACCAUGCUGAAAUUUCAGAGGAAGUAUGUAUUGGGAGUGGCGGCUUUGGAGUUGUUUAUAAAGCAUCUCACAAAAUCUUUGGCGAUGUAGCUGUUAAGCGGAUUUUUAAAGAUCUCGAAAUUUCCAUACGAGACAGACAAAUACUAGAAGACGAGGCACAGAAACUGACUCAAAUCCGUUCUCCAUAUGUGGUCUUACUGUAUGGUGUAGUGAUGCAUCCAUGCAACUACUCACUUGUAUUAGAAUACAUGUGUUAUGGCACAUUGAGGGAAUACCAACUUAAAUAUGAUGUUAACUGGUCAACAAUUGAGGAACUGGUGCGCCACGUCAUUCUAGGAAUACAUUAUUUACAUGUAACUGCAAAAAUCGUACACAGAGAUGUAAAGAUUGGCAACAUACUUGUUGGAAAAGGACCUACAGCGAAGGUUUCAGACUUCGGAUUAUCAGAAUGGCAUGAAUAUUCAAGAAUGGUCUCUGAAAAUUGCAGAGCGUCAUCGGAAUCAGUAACAGUUGGUACAACGACUCACAUCCCACCUGAAUGUUUUAUGGAUAUCAACAGAAAGGCAGAUACUAAAUUCGAUGUAUAUAGCUUUGGUAUCACAAUUUGGGAAAUCGUUACUAAGAAGCGUCCUUAUAUCAACGCAAAACCAGAUGUAAUUCCAUUCGCAGUUAUUAACAAUCAGCGUCCAGAUGAGAAUGAAAUUCCACAUGACUGUCCCGUUUUUCUGACAAAUAUGAUGAAAGAAUGUUGGAAUGGUGACCCGAAAAGAAGACCAACAUUUAAAGAAAUGCUUGACAGAAUAACUGAGAAGAGACACGCUGUCACAGUUUGUGAUGAGGUUCAGGACAACAUUACUGUUUUGCACAGUGCAGCUAUUGGAGGUAAUGUGACUGUUAUUCAAAAAUUAGUUGAUGCACAAUUGGACUUGGAAGCAAAAGACAAGGAGGACAGAACAACACUGCAUUAUGUAUGUGAGUAUGGUGGUAUUGCUGCAGUGGAAAAAUGUCUUACUUUGGGAGCUGAUAUACAUGCUAGAACUGAGGGCAGAACAACACUACAUUAUGCAUGUAGGUAUGGUGGUAUUGCUGCAGUGGAAAAAUGUCUUUCUUUGGGAGCUGAUAUACAUGCUAGAACUGAGGAAAUAAGACCGGAAUUGUGUUUCCAUGCUGUACAUGACCUUGUUUACAUAAGACUACAAGCUAAAGACAAAGACUUGGACAAAGACAAAGACUUAGAAAGUACUGGGUUCAUGUGUACAGUAAGUAGUCCACUAGAAACUCUUACAGACUACAUACUGUUCUACACAGAGUGA